AUGUCGACAAUUAUAAAGAUUGUUAAUUUACUGGCUUACAUAUUUCUUUUAGGUGCUAACGUUUAUUCUGGUUUUGUUGAUGACAAAGAUGAUUCUCCAUACCACAGCGGUCAUAAUUCUUUUAUUACCCCGGCACCCUUCGCCUUUUCUAUUUGGGGUGUUAUCCAUUUCUUGUUAGGAGGAUUUGUUGUUUACCAAUUCUUUAGUUCAGCUACCGAAGCCGUUGUUGAUGGUAUUUCCUGGCAUUUCCUUGCGAUCGCCGUAUGGAACUUCUUCUGGCUUUUCUCCUGGCAAAAUGGAUAUCUUCUUUUCGCAUGGAUUUUUAUCCUACUCACUUCCACCCAAAUUUCCUUCGUCUACUAUACCAUCAAAUAUAAAUAUCCAUCUCAAAAUAUCAACGACACGCUUUGGAUUCACACCCCAUUUUCCUUAUAUCAUUCUUGGAUCAUCGUGUUGGCUGUGAUUUCAACUUUUGUUACCUUCCUUCCUGACAAGACAAGUCACGACGAUGAACCCGAUCUCCUUACGAAAAUAUUAGUCAUUAUUGGAUUACUCUUCCUCGAGGCAACUGCUGUUAGCUAUGUUGAAAAAUUCAAAGCAGAUGUUGCUGGAGCUAUUGUAAUUACAUGGUCGUUGUAUGGCAUUGCAGCCGAACAGACUGAUCCAUGGAUACAUUGGACUGCUCUUGUCUUAGCUAUCAUUUCAAAUAUUCACAUCAUCGUUCCAUUCGUCAAGAAGUAUUACUUUGGCUCUCGCGAAGAAAAUACACGUUUGUUAGGUUAG